UUGCUGACUGGUCUCCUUCGCCAUGUGUUCCACAGGCCUCCGCGGUGAGCUGCUGCUCCUGCUCCUCUGCCCUGGCCUCAUCCUCGGGGCUGCUCUCCAACCCAUGCACUGUGCCCCAUGCACUGAAGAGGAGCUUGUGCUGUGCCCGCCGGUGCCUGCCAGCUGCCCUGAAACUGCUCAUCCGCCAGGCUGUGGCUGCUGCCAUACCUGUGCCCUCCAGCUGGGGGAGCCCUGUGGAGUAUACGCAGCCCGCUGUGGCCGGGGGCUCAGGUGCUCUGUGCCCCCAGAGGAACCCCGGCCCCUGCACGCCCUCCUCCAUGGGCAGGGCACCUGCCUUCCCGCCUCUGACACGGCAGAGGCUGCAGAGUCCCUGGAAGCAGAAGACAUGCCCCAUGAAGACCGUGACAUGACAGCUGAUCAGCAGGACAACACCCAGCUGACGUUUGCUGCUGGCCAAGAUAAGCCUGUCCCUUGGAAUUCGGUCGCUGCCCACGAAAGUGUGAAAGCCAGGAGACUGAAUGAACUUAAGAAGUUAAAGAAACAAGCACCAUGUAAAAAAGAACUCUACAAGGCGCUGGAGAAGUUAACCAAAGAUCAACAAAGAAUCGGAGGAGAGAUAUACAGAUUCUAUUUGCCCAACUGUAAUCGGAAUGGAUUUUACCACAGCAAGCAGUGUGAAACUUCACUUGAUCGAAGUCCUGCAAAAUGCUGGUGUGUCUAUCCAAAAGAUGGGAGCAGAAUUCCUGGAUCCAUCGAAGUGACUGGCAACCCUGAAUGUGAACAGUAUUUUGACUCACAAGAAUAAGAGCAAAUAUACAACAAAGUUUAUGCAAGUAGACUCCAAUUUUUCCACAGUCAAGGAAACCCUCAGGCAGCAGGUCUUUCAGCACAGACUGGUCACACAGCCUAGUCCUAGGCAUGAUUUCUCAGAGGCAAAGCCCCCAUGAUCCCAGGAUGCGCUGCCUGUCAGUGCACACUGUGACCUAGUGUUGCAGGGGAAAUCACCAAUAUUGUGUGAUCUUGUAAUCUUAAAGAAAAUUGGACAGUGGAGAUGCUGGACCUUCACACCUUCAAAUGUAGAAAUAACAGUAGCAGGACUACUUUUGUAGCCUGAUCAUAUUUCAUGAUUCAUAAACAGUGCUGGAUUAUUUAUUUUAAAUUUUUUAUAUAUUUUAUUUGUCUGCAUUAUUAACUUAUAAAUCUGUAUUCUUCAACACUUUGAUACUUAAUAUAUGAUACUUUUAAUAUUGUUUCUCUGAAAAUAUGCACUUUUUCUGUUUUCAAAGAGCACUGUAGAUCAGUUAAUAGAGUGCAAAAAUUAUGGAGAAAAUAGUUUUGUCAAUGAUUACUUUUGUAUCAUGUAUUUAUGCCAUUUGAAAGUGUAGUGUAGAUAUGAGAACGACACCGAGUACAGUUCUAGUAUUUAUUUAAAAGCCUAUUCCAUUUUCUUUUUCUUUCUUUCUUUUUAUUAUGCUUUAUUAUAAACACCACCAAAAAUCAAAAAGAAAAACCAUACAUCUAUGCCAAUUGUUACACCAAAUACAAAAUAAACAAAAGAAUAAAACCAUAUAUUCUGACAGUAGAUCUUCUUCAAGUACAUCUAACUUCCCGUCUUCUCCAUACUUCAUUUAAUAUUUACAAACUUAUUGCAUAAACCUGUCUGUUCAUUUUAUAAUAAAGUAUUAUUCUCCUAU